AUGGUAGGCCGUAGAUUCUUAGUUAUUCUUGCUAUUACUGCCUUGGUUCUGUGCGCAGUAGGUUCGGAACCAAACAAUACUGAAGAUAUUGAAACCCUGGACCCAGAACAGAACCAGCCGGGCUCGGGACGGGAUGGAAAGUCUAAUGCUAACCACGACCAAGACCAAGAUAUGGACAAGUCUAAGAACAAUUCUCAUUCUCAUGCCGACCCUAGCGACGGCAGUAUGACUACUAACGUUGUCAGCUCAGAGUCAAGUAGUUGGGCAAUUUUCAGCUCGCCAGCUCCCACAACGGCUGGAGGUAUCUUUUCCCAGUCUGUUUUCAUACCUAUUGAUAUAGGAAACAAUGGGUAUAUACUAAGUGCUGGGCAUAUCGUUAUUGACACAAUCGCCUACGUACCUCUCUUCUUUGUCAACGGGUUCCGGUACGUAUUUAGUUCUUUUAGUCGUAGCUCAUCUUCCAGUUCGGGUGCGCCAAUGUAA